ACCGUAAAGUUCCUCCUCUUCUCUCCUACACCCCAACAGACUACAAACAAUUGUAUCGUUUCGCAGCAGGUUCAGAUAAACUUAAUUAUCUUCCUCAGUUUCACUUCUCUUCCCCUCGCAACCUGAACUUCAAUGUCGUCCGUACUGAAUACGGUUCUGUCAACGAGAUUAUCCCACGUCAACUCCAACUGCCGAGUUCGAACUCGGCCUGUGCUGUCUCCUUGCUCUGUUUCUUUCACCACGCGGAGACUGACUGUGAGGGCACAGGAGUCUAGUGCAGAAGAAGUUAAAUCACAGGCACCAGAUAAAGCGCCAGCUGCAAGUGGGUCCAGCUUCAAUCAACUUCUUGGCAUCAAAGGAGCUGCACAAGAAUCUAAUAAAUGGAAGAUUCGUCUUCAACUGACAAAGCCUGUUACUUGGCCUCCGUUAGUAUGGGGAGUAGUUUGUGGAGCUGCUGCUUCUGGAAACUUUCAUUGGAAUUUGGAUGAUGUUGCUAAAUCAAUUGUUUGCAUGAUGAUGUCUGGCCCUUGUCUCACUGGCUAUACACAGACAAUCAAUGAUUGGUAUGACCGAGAGAUUGAUGCAAUUAAUGAACCUUAUCGUCCAAUUCCUUCUGGUGCAAUAUCUGAGAAUGAGGUCAUUACCCAGAUCUGGGUGCUUCUUCUAGCAGGCCUUGGCUUAGCUGGUUUGUUAGAUGUGUGGGCUGGUCAUAACUUCCCAAUAAUGUUUUACCUUGCUCUGGGUGGAUCCUUGCUGUCAUACAUAUACUCUGCCCCACCUCUGAAGCUGAAACAAAAUGGAUGGAUUGGAAAUUUUGCAUUGGGAGCAAGCUAUAUAAGUUUGCCAUGGUGGGCUGGCCAAGCUUUGUUUGGGACGCUUACACCUGAUAUAAUAGUUCUCACUCUCUUGUACAGUAUAGCUGGGUUAGGUAUUGCGAUUGUAAAUGACUUUAAGAGUAUCGAAGGAGACAGAGCGAUGGGACUUCAGUCACUUCCAGUAGCUUUUGGUGCUGAAACUGCUAAAUGGAUAUGUGUUGGUGCAAUCGACAUAACUCAGAUAUCUGUGGCUGGUUAUCUACUAGGGGCCGGUAAACCAUAUUACGCCCUAGCAUUGCUAGCUUUGAUAAUUCCCCAAGUCGUGUUUCAGUUUCAGUACUUUCUCAAAGACCCUGUAAAAUAUGACGUUAAAUAUCAGGCUAGUGCCCAGCCAUUUCUUGUGCUUGGUUUGCUUGUGACCGCAUUAGCAGUAAGUCACUGAUCUUAUGAAGCAAUCUCAGAAGGUUGGCAGCAAGGGGAAUAAGAAAUGGGAGAUAUAGAAGAAAAGGGGAAACACGAAAAAUUCUGAUUACAGGAAAAGUAAUCGAACAUCAUUUUGGGCUUAUCAUGUAUCUAUAAAACUGUGCUAAAGUUCAUUUUUCCCCCACCUUUCUUCCACGUUGCCUUGCAAAAACUUAUUCAGUGAAACAUCUUUUAAGAACUUACCAGGCACCAAAAGUUCCAUUUUCUAGGUUUGAGCCUGAAUUUGGAUUUAUUUGGCAACUGUAUUAGGAUUACAAAUGAGGAACCCCCAUUUGUUUGUUGUUUGUUUGACAUGAAGAUUGAAGUGGAGUUAUAUUUUUUGUCCUAGA